AUGUUGGCUACAGCACUACUUCCUCAAUCGGUUGAGUUCAUUGUACAACAUCCAUCUCAAAUAGAAUUUGAAUCAUUACCUUCAGAUGCAAUAUGUCCUUGCUCGCAAGUUUCUCUUUCCUACAAUCAAUUUCUUAUCAGUCGUCCAUCUUUUCAUCAAGUAUGUUCGAGCGAUUUUAUUUCGGAUCGAUGGAUAUCCAAUCUUUACUUUGAUGAUAAACAAAGAUCAUUUCGGGAUGAAGACUUUCGAGCAACUGCAUUUACUACUUUUCGAGUACUAGCUAGUUUUUGUCGUUUAUCCGAAUCCAUUGUUAAUCAAAGUCUCGCACGACUCAAAUCUGAUGCUUUCAUCAGUCCUUACGCUGUUUCUUCGAACAACCUCAAAGCACAAACCUUUGCCUAUGUUGAACAAUUUCAAAUCAAUGCACCAAAGUCAUUUCAGACGCAAGUACAACUGAUCAAUAGUUUCUUCUUAGGUUCGCUUUUGUUUAAUGGUCUUCAAACAGGCAUAUUGCCAAUAGUAUAUUGGUAUUCAGAUCUUGCAUAUAUAUAUUUUAGUAGAAAAACAAGUCCAACUCGUCUCAAACAGGAAGAUGGUACAUUGUGUACUUGUUUUGCUUCAUUCUCUUGUCAAGGAUAUACCUCAGGUAUCUACAGCGCCAAUAUAUCUAUAACGAAUCCGAUGAUAGUCAUACCUGGAUUUCGUUUGGGAUGUAUGCCACUCGAUUCUUGUCUUCAUUCGACUCUCGAAUGUUUUUUUAAUCAAACAUGCGUAGAUACCAUCACACCCUUUCUAUUGACAAACUCGAAUUUCACUGCGCUCAUCGAACCAAACUCAAACAAAUAUAAACGGUUCAGUAAGAAUGCUACCAUUGAAUCAAUUGUUGGUCAACUAAUGGUUGAAGACUGGAAUUUUAAUGUUGCGUAUGAAGCUUAUUUUGAUCAGUGUGCACCAUCUUCAUGUACUUACUUGGCAAUAACACAUCAUAGCUUCUUCUAUGUCAUGGGCACAUUUAUCCGUCUACUUGCCGGCUUGUGUAUGAUGUUGGGUAUCGCUGUACCCAUAGUAAUUCAUUUUAUACGAAAACAACUACGAAAAAAACGAGAAAAUCUCACUGUUCAACCGAAACCAAAACUUGCACGUAAGUUAUUUGUCCAGUUCAAUAUUAUAGUAGGUCUUCAUUCUGUUGACAUGUCACAAUAUUUGAUGAAAGAAAAACAUCUACAAUAUCCUGUGUAA